CAGCAUUUGCUUUGUUUCGUACUUGAUGUGAAGCCGGACGGUUGUUCUCGCUGCUCCGCCACUUAAAAAAAAAUCAAAUACCCCCGCUAAAACAUCAUACAUGAUAAUAAUUCUUAAUUCAUUACUUCACAGUCUCGCAUCAUACGCACGUUUCGUAACUUGACAAGUAUUUAUUUAUUUAUUGAAUUCUUUUUAUUUUUUAACUUGUUUUUUUCUUUUUUUAAAUGACUUAAUAAAGUGUUACUCAGUAUUAAACCAAUAAAAAACGCGCAUUGUUAUUCGUUGUUACGAUAAUUUUUUUUUUUUACAAUAAAUUAAAUUUUGUAAAUGUUUAAAUUUUAAGGACUGUGAUAAGCAUGGCGGGAGACAACCAACAUUUUUGUCUGCGCUGGAACAACCACCAAAGUACGUUGAUCAGCGUUUUCGACACGUUGCUGGAGAGCGGUACGUUGGUCGAUUGCACGUUGGCGGCUGAGGGACAAUAUCUGAAGGCCCACAAAGUCGUGUUGUCGGCAUGCAGCCCAUAUUUAGAGCUUUUAUUAAGCCAACAUUAUGAAAAGCAUCCGAUUGUCAUACUCAAAGAUGUGAAGUUCCAAGAACUUAAAAGUAUGAUGGAUUACAUGUACAGGGGGGAAGUCAACAUUUCCCAAGACCAGUUAAGCACGUUCCUGAAAGCUGCAGAAUCUCUGCAGAUCAAGGGUCUGACUGAUGGCGGUGGCAAUGAAGACAGUACAGCCUCUUCAGCACCGGUCAAGGCACCUGUCGCCACUCCAGUUAGAAAACCAAUUCAACAGUCUGUCACACGUGGUCCAUCUACAGUAGCACAGGGUUUAACGAUAGAGAGGAGGCCAGAAAGUCCACACAUCAGGUCUCGUGAUGAUAGUGCCUCACCUACUAGAAAACGCAGGCGCAACCAGCGCAGGCCGUCAACAAGUGACGAUCCUGACAGUCAUAUUGAUACAAGCAACUCCUGUGAUGUACCGCCCCUUCAGUCCGGAGCCCUAAGCGGCGUCGGUGUUCCUAACAUUCCUGCCACCAUAACCAAAGGUGCGCCGUUGGAUGACGGUGAUCAUGAGACUGAUAACAGCCGCAUCAAUAACCACGAUGCAUCAGCUGCUGAAGGUGUGGCAGGACCAAAGAUCGAACCGACUGGUGAACUGAUUGAACCUAAGACUGAGUUUUUGGAAGAUAUUAACAACGAAGACAGUAUAGAAGACUUGACUUUGGAUGAUGAUGAUGAUAUGGACAAUAGUAUGGAUAUGUCUAGAGCUGGACCAUCGCAUGACAAUUCAAACCAAAGUUUUAAUCAAUGGCCAAUGUCUGGAAAUCAAACCACGGAUGAAGUAUUUAUGAAUGCACAAGAAGCAGUUGGAGCUCACAGGGAUACUCAAGGUAUACAUUUCUUCUCGGCGCACAGAGGAAGGAAGCCUUCUGUAUCAAUGCAUAAUGUUCAGUUGGUUGGUGGUCGAUGGCUGUGCCCUUGUGGAAAAAAUUACAAGUCUAAGACAAGUCUAAGUCUGCAUAUGCGCUUAGAGUGUGGAAAAGAACCACAAUUCAAAUGUGACCAUUGUCCAUACAAAGCAUACCAGAAAAUAGCCUUACAGAAACAUACUUAUUGUAAACAUCGGCGUGUAGUCCAGACUGAAUGACUUUAUUUUAUUGUAUAUAUAUAUAAAUACAUUUAUAUAUUAUACAAUUCUAAUAUUGUCAAAAAAAUUAAUUUAAUCCUUAUUUUAAUAAUUAAGUAUGAUUUUGUACAGGGAUAUAUUAAGUAAAUUGAUAAAUAAUGUGGAUCCAUUUCAUCUAGAAAUCAUAAUGAUUAUAAACAUAUAAAUAUUUUUAGCAUGUUCUCAUAAUAUUACAACUUAUGUAUUUUUUUAGUUAUCAAAAAAUAAUAUAUAUUAAUUGUACAUUAUAUUAUUAUAAGUAAUACUUCAAGUAUUUUUAUUCUAUUUUUUUUUUUUUUUUUUUUUUUUGAGAACAUUAAUCCUAGAGCAGAAUGUUAUAUUUACUACUAUAUUUUAUUAUUAACUUUUGUAGGUAGUAAUUAAAUUAUGUAAGUACUUAUUAUUUUUAAAAAAUUCCAUGAUUUAAUUUUAAAGUAACUACUAAAACUCAUUUUUAUUCAUAGACAUGCUUAAAAAAUAAUAUUUCUUUUAUUUUGUCAAGUUAAUGUAAGGUAAAUAAAAUAGUAAUUUCUGACUAAAAACUAUAUAUUUUUAAGGCUUACUCAUGAAUGAAACAUUAAAUUUAGUAUAAGUUUGAGGAUUAAUAAUAAAAUGAUGCAUAAAAUAAGCAAUUAUUAUUUAAGUGUAUUAUAUAAAGUAUUUUUGUCAAUGUCAUUUUCAUAAUCAAGACUAUAGGCAUGGUUUAGUUAAAUUGUAGCUGGAGAAAAAUUAAAAUUUGUUGUCUGGUAACUUAAAAUUUACUCAUUUAGUGGUCCAUUUAUAAAACUGUUUUUUUCACUUAUACGGUUAUUUAUCCAUGAAUAUAUUUUGUUCUUAUACUUAGGCGGUGUGACUAGAACAUAUAUAUAUUAUAUUUAUUUAAAAAUGCAUUUAUGCAUUUAUUUAAAUUAAUCUAAAAGCGGAUCAUCAGGUAAUUUAUGGAUGUUAGUUAGGUUAGUUGAGAAUGUCAUUUAAUAUUGAUAAAGUACCCACUAUUAUUGAAAAAUACUUUAGGUUUGAUGGUAAAACAUAAGGUAAAGUUAGGUUAGGUAAUGUAUAAUAAUAUAAUUCCAUAGCCUAUCACAUCUCUGAUAGUUUAUUUAUUGAAAUAUUAUAUGAGAUCAGACCCAAUGACAUGAAUUUAUUAUAAUACUGUUAGUUACACCUAUGGACAUGAAAUGGAAUUAUAAAUCAACUUAAUUUUUUUUAUUGAAUAUACUAUAAAGUAGUAAGGUUAUAUCGGUGUUAAACAAUUUGAAGUUCACUGAUUUACACUUGCUUAUUGAUAUUUUGAGUUAUUUUAUUUAUAACUAAAAAUACAUUUAACCAUGGAUUUAAAAUUAUUUUAAUGCUAUCAUAAUAAUCAUACUAAGUUUACUAGUUUACUAUACUAUUUGCUAAAUUAAUAAACAAUUGUGUUGGUUAUGUUAUGUACAUUAUUAAGAUAUAAGCGCUAUACCUGUAUCAUUCUUAUGAUACUUAUUGCAACUGGUCUGUGUACUUCUAAUUUUGUGGCUUAAUUGUUAAAUUAAUAAUAUAUAAUAUAUCAAUUGUAUAAAAGGUGUAUAUUAUAAUGUAAUGUAAUAUAGGUAUACAUUAUAUUAUAAUUGUUCUUGAAUUAUUAAUGCUAGCCUCUUUAGUAUUUUUUUUUUUAAGAAUAUAAUCUCUUGGACUAAACAACAAUAAAAAUAGAAUUGUAAAGAAGUAGUUUGUCAUAAUAUAAAUGUUUUUAUGAAAACUCUUUAAUUAGACUGCAUAAUAUCAUAAUUAUUAUAUUUUUGUUGUGAUAUCUAUCAAUAUAAUUUAUUUAAAAGUAAAUUGUUUUAAGUGUACAAGUAAUAUAUGUAUUAAACAACUUAUAAAAAUAACGAUAAAUGUUUAGUUAUUUUUUAAAGUUUAAACAAUUGUACAUUUAAUGAAUAUUGCAUUAGUAUACUACUAGUAUAUAUAUUUAUGUAAUAUCUACAUUCAAAAUCAUUUGUUAUUAUACCUAAUUAUUAAUAAAUUAAGCCUUCAAGAAAUUUUUAAAUCUUGAAUAAAUGGAAUAUUAAUAAUUAAUUAAUAUAGGUAUCAUGUACAUUAUUUAUCUGUAAAUCUUAGCAGUAAUUAAAGAGUCGAUGUAAGAACAAGCUAUUUUCAUUUUUUUAAAUUGUUCUGAAGAUAGCUGGUUAUUGCAUUUAACAUUGUAUACCACACAUCUUAACUUUUUAUUUUUAUUGUACCAAAAUGUAUCGAAAUGUAGAAAAAAAUAUUCUUUAUCAGAUUAUGUUAAAAACAUGCACUUUGAAGAAAAGCAGAAAAACCAGUUUUUAUACUGGAUCCUUCAUUUUUUAUAUGAUUUGAGAUAUUCCUCAAAAUUUAUUGCUAUUAAAACAAAAUUAUGUUUUAACUUUAGAGUAUUAAGAGGAUGUCAGCACACUAUUUGUUUUCUCUCCCUGGCCCACAUGCAACAUAGACAAAACGCAUUUACGCAAAAUCAUUUUUUUUAUGAUUUUAAUCUUAGAGUUCAUACACCAUUACACCCAUUACAAAAAAGAUAAAGAAUGAUAUUUUUGAGGGAAUAACAUAUUGAUUUGUCGAAAUGUGGUCUCAAAACAAUUUGAACAUUGUUUAAAUUUACAAAAUUAUUUUGUUUAUUUUGAAAGUUAAAUAACAAUAAAAUAUAAAAUCGAUAUGUCAUUCCCUCAAAAAUAUUAUUAUCUAUCUUUUUUUGUAAUGGGUGAUUUUACUGUAAGAUUAUUUAAAAGCAUAGAAAAAAUGAUUCUGCGUAAGUGCAUUUUGUCUAUGUUAUCCGUGGGCCGGAGAGAGAAAACAAAUAGUGUGCGUUGACAUCCUCUUAAUAUUCUAUUGAUAACUAUUAAUAUUUUAUAUACUUAUAAAUAAUUAUUUAUUAUUGUAAAGUACAUCAAUUAAAAUAUAAAUUGUUUAGACAUGUAGGUGUUUAUAAUGAGUGAUUAAUUAAAAUUUUUUUUUGCAUUGUAAGUUAUGAUUAUUGACAUUUAGGGGUCACCCUUGCCAAGUGGGUCUGAGCUAAUGAUCUGGCAUGCGGUCUCGGUUUCGAUUCUGAGGUAGCCACAGGGAAUUUUUGUGCGUGGUAGUACCAGGAUUCUGAAGCAAGCCGGCUAUUAAUUACUCAAACCCCUUGGGUAACUAGACUUGUUCUAGUUAAUCAAGAACCAUCUUCGAUACCUUGAUAUGUGAAAUAGGGCAGUACCCAAAAA